UAUUGUUAUUAUUAAUUUUAUUUGUAAAGGUAUUUUUUUAAUCUGGAGAUCGCCAGCAAAAGGAGGGAAAAAUAUCCAAUUUUCAUCGCAAAAUUAGCUAGGGCGAGAGCAAAGGGCUGAGCUAAUUGUAGCCUAAUCCUCUGCCCUGGAGGCGUUUGCAAAGCCCUGAGCAAGAAUUCGCCUUUUUUCCUUCUCUUCUCCCUUCCCUCUGUUAUUUAGAGACGGGAUUAUUGCCUUUCUUCUCAUAACAGCCUCGGCAGUUUCAUUUUAAGGGUUUUUUUUCCCUCUCCACACACACACACACGCACAAAAUAAACAGAAGAAGCAUAAAAAAAGAGAGAGGGAGAGAGAGAAGAAGCAGCUUUAAAAAUAAUAAUCACAGCAGGAUCUAAGGAACAAAGAUAGUAAUAAAAGCCAAAAACAAACCCAUCAACACACAAACCCAACAGAGCCCAAAGCAAAAGGGGGGUUUGCAGAUCUCUCUUCUGUGUUCAAGGUUGGUUUCACAAAAUAAAAAAUCGGCUCAAAGUCGCCUAAGAGAUUCUGGAUAUUAUCAUGUUUACGUGUUUAUAGAGACAAAGGAGGGAAGAAGCAUGUCCCGUCUGUCUCUAACACGGUCCCCAGUUUCUCCCCUGGCUGCUCAAGGAAUUCCUCUCCCAGCUCAACUCACCAAAUCCAAUGCUCCUGUGCACAUUGAUGUAGGAGGACACAUGUAUACCAGCAGCCUGGCUACCUUGACAAAGUAUCCAGAUUCCAGAAUAAGUCGUCUGUUUAAUGGCACAGAGCCUAUUGUCUUGGACAGUUUAAAACAACAUUAUUUCAUUGAUCGAGAUGGUGAAAUUUUCAGAUACAUAUUAAGUUUCCUAAGGACAUCUAAACUGCUACUCCCAGAUGACUUUAAGGACUUUAAUCUUUUAUAUGAAGAAGCAAAGUAUUACCAGCUGCAGCCAAUGAUUAAGGAACUCGAGCGAUGGAAACAAGAGAAAGAACAAAGGAAACAUUUCCAGCCUUGUGAUUGCCUGGUCGUAAGAGUGACUCCAGAUCUUGGGGAAAGGAUUGCACUGAGUGGGGAGAAAGCUUUAAUAGAAGAGAUCUUCCCUGAGACUGGGGAUGUCAUGUGCAACUCUGUAAAUGCAGGUUGGAACCAAGACCCAACCCAUGUUAUUAGGUUUCCUUUGAAUGGAUACUGCCGGUUGAAUUCAGUGCAGGUGCUAGAAAGAUUGUUUCAGAAGGGAUUUAACGUGGCAGCUUCCUGUGGUGGAGGGGUAGAUUCCUCCCAGUUCAGUGAAUAUGUGCUGUGCCGUGAGGACAGAAGACCACAGCCCACCCCAACAAUCAGAAUAAAGCAAGAACCCCUGGACUAGAACCAACCUUUCCUCCUUUGUAACCAUAGAAGUGUUUAAUAGUCCCUUAUGUGAAACACUAAGGAUUUGCAAAA